UAUUCACUAUAGGUUUAUUUGUUUAUGUCCAUGUUAUGAUCAUUUUGCUACCUCAUAGGUGUCGAAUAAAUUUUCUUCCUCAUAGAGGAAGUCUUUUUUCAAAAAAAAAAGUUGACGCACUUUCAAUAAUUUUCAAGGUUAUGUUCCUGUCUUACGGAAAAUUAGACAAGCCAUUAAAAGCUGAAAUGAUCGGUCAUUCACCUCAGAUUUAAUGAAUCUCCUGUGUUUAAUACAAUGAUUUGCAUCGUAAAAGGUAAAUUGCCCUCAUUUGUCAAUCAGUUACAACACACGAAACGGAACAGACCAGUUUAUCGAGCACUGUUCAAGAGAAGAGUCCGCGAUAGCCAAAUAUUAAUUUCAAAAAAAUCUUACUCUAAAAGGAAAGUUUCAGGCUAUAAAGUGACUUAAAAGAGGGAGAAAUGAGGACAGCACGGGAAUUGAUUGCAUUUUUCUUUGCAAUCUUUAUCGGAGUAGUCGCUGCUGUACCUGUUCAAUUUUCAAAUGGUCCACUGGAACGUAUAAAUAUUCCGCGAGAAAAAUUAAAUGAAAUGUGUGACAUACGUGGAGAUACUCUGUAUAAGAAUAUACUUAACUUUGACUCAUCGCUAGGUGCACACCUGUCAUUUUUCUUUGAAGCUAGACCAAAUGGAAGUUUGCCCGACGAAAUUAGAUGGACUCAAGAACGUCAAAAUGAGUGUGAAAAAGAUUCUAUCUCAACAUUUAAGUUACAACGUCUAGUGAAUACAGUUCAGCUUUGUAUGAACGAAACCGAUCGUGUAGAAUAUGAUGAAGAUCCAAAAUUUAUGACCAGACUACUGAAAGAACUUUGCAAACUCUAUAGUCAAGGUGGACGUAAAAUUCCUGAUGUUCCUUGCAUUAAAAGUACAAAGAAACAGCAUCACGUCAGCAGAAGGACGUUUGUAGAAAUUGAUACUAUUCUUCUUCCACUGAUUUAUAACACCGAAGAGUGCAGUGAAGUGCGAAACUUCUUCAGCUGCCUGGAAGAAGGAGUGGAAAAUAAUGAAACUGACAUAGUAAAUGAAAUAGAACUUGCACGAAAUAUAUUAUUUUAUUCUCUAUACGGCUGCAGCGACCCAAAGCCUUUUGUCGAAGCAUUCAGCCUCAACAAUGUUGUGACAAAUACACAAUUUCUCUCCAGAAGUAAAAGAACGGUGCAAUUCUCUUCAAGUAAAUCAGGUCUGAAAAAAAUCUGUGAGAAGAAAGGAGCUUCUCUGUUGAAGAAAUUUGAUAUUGCUGUGGAAGAAUUCAUAACAGUUUUUAAAAAGAAGCAACUUUUAAUGUCUUUAUCAGCAGAUUUACAAAAUGAAACUUGCUCUGAUGAUACAGAGAUAAGACAGUCUUUCGAUAAACUGUAUGACGCUGUGAAGGAUUGCCUAGUGGGGCAAGAUCUCUUAUAUGGCGAAGAGGAACGAAAAAAGUUUGCUGAAAGCUUUAAAGUCAUGUGUUAUGUCGUGGAUAGUACUCUCUAUAUCAGCUCUCAUGACAAAGAAUGCUUCACUGACUAUGGAAAAAUGUUAAAAAUGUCAAUGUGUGAACAGAAUUCGUCUAGUGUACCUUUGACGUCCGAUGUUGUCCCUCAAGUAUGCAAAUGCGGUUCAAAACGAUCAAACACCUGAAGCAUCCGACAAUGGUCGAAAACAGUAUCCUCCCGCAAAACUCUGAUACCCAUAACGCAAAGCAGAAACGUGCUAAUUUUCUGACCCUGCACCUACACCUCGACGUCCCGUGGAACCCACAACGCUUUUCAGAAGAGGGUUGAGUUCUUCUGAUCAUAGUUCCAAAAGACGCCGAAGGGCUGGAAGGGCCGGUAAGAUAAGAAAACUACUCGAACUUCGACUUGUACGAUCCGCCUGAAUUAGAAGAAGAGAAACCCCGAUUAAUUUGCUCCCGUAACUUCCAAAGUCGAACCUUUUUCCGGGAUCCGAAAGAAAAGACGUGCAUCCUCCAGAAGUUCAUUAACAGCUAAAUGUAGUAGAGUUUAAAUUCGAGUAUGGAAGGAGUUAACAAUAGCCAGCAAUUUAUUGAGGCCAAGGGUAAAAGAACCUUUCUCUAGCUGCCUUGUUGCUGAGGCUGCUACCGAGUUGCGACCCGUGGUCAAAAAAAUAUCCGAAUUGCGGCCCGCGGUCACUUUUGGCCUGGUUGAGUUUCACCUCGACGUUUCUUCACCCACUCCACCACCAAAUGAAUAAGCUCAAAGUUGAAGCUUUAAAAGAUGUGCAAAUAGAUGUUUACAUGAAAAUGCGAAGUAUUGGAAAGAGGAGGAAAGAGAUUUAAAAAAAGAAGAGCUUUAAAAAUAUAUGUUAUUGUUGCAAAGCGGUUCGUUAAGUAGAUUCAAAUUCGUCCGUAAAGUUUCACGUAAAUUAUUACCAGCCUAGGUUUUAGCUCAAAGUGAAAUAAAUACCUAAUACAUGGAAAAUUAUAUAGCUCCUCUUAGAAUUUAUUUCACUUGACGACAGCUUCCAGUAGCUUAAUUAUUUAUAUUUUAUUUAUUUUUGUAGUAAAGUAUUUAUAGAAUUAACUACAGCUUUUUGUAGCUUAAUAAUUCACAUUUUAUUACAUAGUAUAUUAUUAUUGUUAGUACUGUAAUUGUCACUUUUUUAUAACUAUCACUGACAAUGCAUAUUUCCCAAAAUUUUUUAAACACGCCAGCAUAAUGAAUCUACUUAUAUAGUAAAAGCUGCCAAUCCUAAGCCUGGAAAAAGUGUGAAGAAAAAAUGAUAGUCAACACUUGCAUAAAAGCAUUUAAAGUUAAGGAGGAAAGUGCCAAGUAGAGGGGGUAAGGAGAACUGUAGGGAUACGAGUCCCUUGAAUCGACCACCGUCUGCAACUCGGAUUUUCGUCUUAAGGAAAAUUGACCACGGGCCGCAACUCGGCUACACCAGUUGCCAAAACCCCUGAAUGUGCUUCUGCUCACAAGAAUUUGCUUCCCACUGAUACUCAGCCUUGUAUCUUCUUUCCUUCUCUUCGAUACCUAUCCACGCCCUCCCCAACCACAUUCGGAAAAACGUAUAAACUAUUUUGAUAGAAUUAUGAUUGCUAUUCUGAUAGAUAUGAUUGGAAUUUUUAACAUUUAAUAUUGAUCCUUGCUUUGAAGAAAAUUCUCAGACGCAAGUUAAAAAAAACAAGCUAAAAUGACCUGGAUGAACAGAACAGAAAGAAAUAAGAAAAUAAGAAAAUACUCUAUAGCUGACUAAACAUCACGUACAUUUCUCCUCUUCCCUUCAAUUUAAAAAUGACUAAUUAUUAUUCAUUUUUAGAUUUAUCUUACAGCCAAAUCUAUCCUGAUUCGCAAAAUACUACAAAGAAAGAGAACGAACGACUAAAAUAAACGAAAAAAGCAAAACUGUAUGUAUCUUCAGGUGAAGUAUUACAAAAAAUGCCUUGCGUUUAUCAUUGUUUAUGGGUAGGUAUAAUUUUUUGUUAAAACCAUUAUUAAAUACAACCUAGUACCAGAUUCUUUAUUUUAGCGUCAAUAAAAGGAAUUAAUGUUGCGCAGAACGAAAUGUUAAACGAACUGGAUGUCCGGAAUGAUUAACUGCCACUAUAGCUGGACUGAUUCUAAGUCAGAUAAUUUUAAUGACAGAUUAAAAGAUUAUUUAUUAAAAAUAAAUCUUGUGCGUUUAUUAGAAAAUUAUGAUACUGAAUAAAUGAAGUUUAUAGAAAA